AUGUCUGCUGACUGGGGCUCUUUCUUCCAUUCAGGUAGCAGGUCUUCCCAUGAGGAGCCGAAGCCUGAGAAUGUGAGCGGGGACGAUGAGAUUGUCGAGCCCGAUCAGGGCAACGUCCUCUCCCACAUUAUCUCGCAGCUCCGACCGGGAGCAGAUCUCAGUCGGGUUGUCCUGCCUACCUUCAUCCUCGAACCCCGAUCCAUGCUGGAGCGCAUUACAAAUUUCAUGGCACACCCCGAGACCCUGCUGCCUAUGCCCGAUGUCGAUGACCCUCUCGAACGUUUCGUCUCCGUGGUCAAGUUCUACCUGAGCGGUUGGCACAUCAAACCACCCGGUGUGAAGAAGCCGCUGAACCCGAUCCUGGGCGAGACCUACACCUGCUAUUGGGACUACCCCGACGGAACUCGCGGAUACUAUAUCUCUGAACAGACCUCGCACCACCCGCCCAAGUCGAGCUACUUCUUCAUGGCCCCCGAACACAACAUCCGCAUUGACGGCACCUUGAAGCCGCGCAGCAAGUUCCUCGGUAACUCGGCCGCCAGUAUGAUGGAGGGCAUUGCGAUCCUGCGCUUCUUGAACCGCGGCCAAGAUAAGGAGAAGGGCGAACGAUACAUCCUGACGCAACCCAACAUGUACGCUCGCGGUAUCCUGUUCGGAAAAAUGAAGUAUGAGCUUGGUGACCACAGCUACGUGCGCUGCCCGGAGAACAACCUUGUCGCCGACAUCGAGUUCAAGACCAAGGGUUACUUCUCAGGCACCUACAACGCCAUUGGUGGAACGAUCAAGAACGAGAAGACUGGUGAGGUCUACUACGAGCUGACCGGACUCUGGAACGGUGAGAUGUACAUCAAGGACGUGCAUACCCACAAGAAGGAGCUUCUCUUCGAUGCAACCCACGCCAAGCACACUCCCCCCUUGACCCGGCCUCUUGAGCAGCAAGGCGAGCGCGAGUCCCAACGGUUAUGGCACAACACUGUCAAGGCCAUUAUCGCCCGGAACCACGAGGCUGCCACAGAUGAGAAGACCAAGAUCGAGGACCGUCAACGGGAGGAGGCGGCCAAGCGGGUCGACGAAGGUGUCGAAUGGCACCCCCGACUCUUCCGUCGGGUGCAGGGUGGGCCCAACGGCCCGGACGAGGGCGAGGAAGACUUGGACUGGAUCAUCAAUGCGCAUGUUGACGCGCAUAACCCUGAGCUUGCGGCCAAGCAGAUUCUCGCCAUCGCACCCAUCCUGGACGGCCAGACGGAGUCUUCCGAAUACCAGAUCCCCCCGCACAAGUCGCACGAACCCGUUCCCACUGACGAUGUGGCUAACGGUGCGGCGCCCGUUCCGGAACAGCCCAAGCCCGAAGUCGUGGAAGCAGUUGAGCGCAAGGAUUCACGCACCAACGAUAUCGACGCUUACGUGGAUGCGAAGGAGAAUUGAGCGAUCGACAUUGUCGUUAAGUCCAUUAAGAACUUCCCAUCCGCAACUCGAGCAAGGGAUGGUCGCACAGCGAUUGGACAUGGGAAGGGAACGGGUAGGGCAAGUCGGGUGUUGUGGACAUGCCUUCCAAAAAAGACCUGCACAACAGCCUAUAAUUAUGGUUCAACACCGGCUUGCAGGACGAGCUCACUACCGUUUCGGCGUCAUACUAUACUGGAUACCCGAUUGAUUUUAUAGUACGGAGCAUGCGUUUUCAAAGAAAAAGUUUUCAACAAGAGAAGGGGAAAGGGAAAAGGGAACAGAACAUAGGUCAGCCCCUCUUAUGUAGAUACAUACCCAUGUCUCGUACACAUUGGGAGGAAGGCCGAUGGGGGGGUGGGGAGGCGGGGGGUGAGCAGCGACCAUUUUUCCUUUUUAUUGUUAUUUUCUUCAGCCUUCACCAUAGACUUCAGC